AUGCGACAGUACCGGGGGGGUAGCCGCGUCCGCUCGGGUGGCCGGUUGGAGGACCCAGACCUGCAGGCAGACCGCUUCCAGGCGCGGUACUCGGCACACGCGGAACCACGCGCGGCUCAACUAAUGCUGCGACACCUGGUGGAGCACCACAGGGUUCCCAACGGAGCGCGAAUCGCGCUUGCCACGGACCACCGUGCGAUUGUCAUUGCGCAGAAACACCUGAACGGUUUCGGCGGCAUUGGCAGAGGCUACGCCUUAAACAAACUUUUCGAGUACACCUACGACCUCUGGUACAACAGAGGGAUCGACGUAGUCUUUUUCUACGUCGAGGGUGCGCGGAAUCCGGCGGACGCCUACUCGCGACACUUCGGGGUGGACGCGACAGGGUCGCUGGAGGUUCACCGGGUUGAACCGUUUGGCGUUCCGUUCCUCCGGCACACGUGGUGCCCGCUAUGCGAAGAGCGGCGCCGCGAGGAGGGCGGCGAGAUAUGA